AUGAUGGCGCGCGUAGCUAUGACAGGGACCGCGGCCGCGGACCCGGUGGCGGACGGGGCUGGCGCGCAAGCGCCGGCCACCGUCGUACUGCCGGGGAUGCGCAGCGGACCCUGGAAUCGCUCCGAUCGCGCGCAACUGGAGGACGCGGUGGGUGUCGCACGGUUGUUCGGUGCGUCGUGUGUCAGGCUGAUAAGGCCUGGCUACGCGACCAUCGAGGUCGACCUGAAGCACGAGAAGGCCGCGGGCGACCGCGAGUCGGUGAAGGUGGCGGAGCGCUCGUACAUCGAGCGCACCGCGCCGAAGAAGAAGGAGCUCACUGAUGAGCAGCUUGCGGCUCGAACCGCGUCGUCGUGA